AUGACGAUGAGCAACGAAAAAGCCAAUAAACAGUACAUACCGUCGUUCAGAAUUGAGGAUAACAUAUUGAUUGGCGCCGAGCAAACUCAUCCGAAAUGCACGAACAUCGGAGAAUUGGUCCUCGAUAGACUGAGGAGUAAACCGGAUUUUGUGGGACAAAUAGAAAUUGCUUCGGGAAAACAGAGUACCUACGCGGAAAUGAAAGAACAAAGUAUUAAAUGUGCUCUGUGGUUAAGAAAGCAUGGCAUCCAAAAAGGUGAUAAGGUUGGCAUAUGGACUGAUAAUCACAUCGACACUUACGUACCAGUAUUCGCAAGUUUAUACGUUGCCGCAGUAAUAUGUCCAUGGGAUGAAAAAGUAUCAAAAACAUCCGCGCGAUACUGUCUAUCGUUAACAUCCCCGAAAUUGAUUUUCGUGGACACAGAUUCCGUUGCGAAUCUGGUGGAAGCAGCAAAAGAAGCAAAUCUAGAAGUUGAAGUCAUAGUUAUUGGCAGUUUAACAGGAUUCGUGUCUUUGACAGAUAUUCUUCAAGAUCAAGUUAAUCCGUCAGAGAUCGAUGAGUUCCGUUGUACUAUAGUCGAUAACCUACAUGACAUAGCGAUGAUCUGUGCUUCUUCCGGUACAACGGGUAUGCCAAAAGGAGUUGAACUAUCUUAUUUGUCCCUUUACAACAGUAUUACUCCCAUUGAAGAGGUUCAUACAAUCAACGAGGUGAUAUUAUCAAUACCUACGAUACGAUGGCACUACGGAUUAAGUCUGAUGUUCGAACUGGUUAUGUCAAACGCGAAAUGGAUCAUUACUUCAGCAGAAGUAGCUUUCAAGGAUGAAACCGAAAUAUGUAAAAUUAUUCAGGAUUAUGAGGUAACAUGGCUUGGAACUGAUAUUUCGUUUCCAUACGUUUUAUUCAAAUAUAAUAUUUUACAAAAAUAUCCUAUGCCGUCUCUGAAAAAGCUCGUCAUUACCGGUGGGCCAUUUCUAAAAAAAAUACAUGAAGCUGUCGCAAAAAUGAUGCCACAUACCCAAAUAUUAAAUUGUUACGGCUUGACUGAUGCCGGAGGAUUAUGUGUAAGCCAAGCAAAAAAUAGUAAGCUAGGUUCUUGCGGCUUUGUGACCAAAGGAUUAAAAAUAAAAGUAGUGGAUGAACAAACUGGCCAAGCUUUAGGACCUAACAAGACUGGUGAACUUUGUAUAAAAUCGGAAUUUAUAAUGAAUGGUUAUCACAAAAAUCCAGAAGAAACUAAAAAUGUCAUCGAUUCAAAUGGUUGGCUGCAUACAAAAGACAUAAUGUACUACGAUGAGGAAGGAGAAAUUUAUUUCGUUAGUAGAUUUUCGGAUUUUAUUAACUACAGAAGCAUUAAGCUGUCACCCGCGGAGAUAGAAGGUAUUCUCAAAAUUCAUCCUUCAGUUCUCAAUGCCGCAGUGGUUCCAGUACCACAUGAAACGGAUAUAGAACACCCAAUGGCAUUUAUUCAAAAAGUAAUCGGAAAAGAGGUAACAGAGAAAGAAUUGCAUGAUGUAGUAGCUAACAAUUUACCAGACUAUUGUAAGCUUAUAGGAGGAAUCAAAUUUGUGGACAAACUUCCGCGUCUCACUACUGGAAAAAUUGAUAGAAAACAAUUAAAAUUAUUAGCAAAAAGUUAUAUGUGUGAACGAAUAGCAGCAACCAAUAACAGCAAGAAACUCCAUUAUCACGAUGCUGUUCGUGAAUUCAGAAUAGAAGACAAUAUUCUAAUAGGAAAAGAAAUACCAAUAAAUAGAGAACCUGUUAAUAUAUCCGAAGUGUUACUUAAAACGUUGAAGAGCAAACCGAACUGCAUCGGCCAGGUGGAUGCACUUUCUGGUGAACAGGACACUUAUGCCGAUAUGAGUGAGCGCAGCAUUAAAUGCGCCCUUUGGCUACAGAAGCAAGGCGUUAAGCCCGGAGAUAUAAUUGGUCUUUGUUGUGAUAAUGACAUGAACGCAAUCAUAAUUAUGUUGGGCACUAUGUACAUAGGUGCUAUAUCUAAUCCUUGGGACAACGAUUUGUCUCCAAUGACAGCACGAUAUUUUCUUUCGUUAACAUCACCAAAAAUAGUUUUUGCGAUGCCUUCAUUGGUUCCGAUUUUAGAAGAAGCAACGAAAGAGUUGCAAAUGAAUAUGAAAAUAGUAGUUUCCCAUAAAUUAAAUGGAUACACAUCCGUGGAGGAUAUCUUGAGUGGUCACGAUAUUAACGAGAUCAUUGAAUUUAAAUGUGCCAAGAUCAGCAACCCCGACGAUGUUGCUCUCAUCUCUCUCUCAUCAGGUACUACGGGCAUGCCGAAGGGUACCGAGAUAUCGCAUUCAUCUUUAUAUAAUUGCUUACUUCCCGAAAAAGUUACGGAAUUAGAAGGCCAUACUUGUCUCUGGACACACACAUUGCGUUGGCACUACGGGGUCCAGUUGGCAUUUCAUGCCAUCUUAGCGUAUUCGACAAAAAUUCUUGCACCCUGUAGCAUAAUAUUUAACGACGACGAUGAAGCAAUAUGCCGGUUUAUCGAAAAAUAUCGAGUAACAUGGUUUUCCAUCGAACCAGGCAUGCUAAUCCGAUUUUAUAAGAGCGAUUUAUUGGAGAAAUAUAAAUUGCUGACUUUGAAAGAAAUAAUGAGUACUGGUGCUAAUUUAGGAAAGGAGCAUUGUCUAGCUUCGGCAAAGAAAUUACCUCAUGCUUUCAUUACGACUGGCUAUGGAUCUACGGACUCAGCAGCUGAUGUAACCGUUAUGAUCAAGGGUUGCAAACCAGGAUCUAUUGGUUUUGUCGCACCCAACGUUCGAAUAAAAGUGACGGAUGUAGAAACUGGGAAAACUUUGGGAGCUAAUCAAAAUGGAGAACUACGUUUGAAACUGCCUUGCAUAAUGAAUGGUUAUUAUAAGAGACCUGAAGAGACUAAACGAGCUUUCGAUUCUGACGGUUGGUUACUUAGUGGCGACAUAGGAUAUUACGACAAUGACGGAAAUGUUUUCCUCAUCGAUAGAAUAUCUGAAUUUAUCCUCUUCUAUGGUAUUAAUAUUUCUACCACAGAAAUCGAGCACGUUUUGAAAACACAUCCCGCGGUAUCUCAAGUAGCGGUAAUAGGAAUACCACACGAAAUUGCGGGUCAACAUCCAAUGGCUGUCGUUUCUCGAAUGUCGAAUAAAACGGUAACGGAAGAGGAGCUCCAUGACUUGGUAGCGAAGAACCUACCGGAAUAUUGUAAGCUUCGCGGUGGAGUUAAGUUUCUCGACAAACUCCCACGCACAGCUACAGGCAAAAUCGCGAAGAAGCAACUGCGAGAUAUGUUUGUGAAUUAAAAUACUACUGCACAUGUACAAAUUACAC